AUGUUGGUCGCCCCUGGCGGCGGCCCCGCGCCCGGCAGCGGCGGCGGAGGAGGGAUGGGCCUUGCGUACGUUCAGGGAACCCCUGGCGGCGGCGGCGGGGCGGGCGGCGGCGGCUCCGCGCAGAUGAUGAUGGUUCAAGCGCUGCCUCCAGGCGCGACUGGCGGUGGCCUGGCAGGCGUCCAGGCGCAGGCGGGCCUGGGGCUGCAGGGCGGCUUGGUGGGACAUGGGGGUAUGCUUAUGCUGUCGGACCCAUCUGGCGCUUAUGGCGGCGGCGGCGGCGGCGCGCCAUAUGGUUACACGGCGUGGUCAGGCGGCGGCAUGCAAGUGGCCGGGGGCGGCGGCGUCAUGUUGGUGCAGCAGCAUCACCAGCACCAGCAGCAGCACAGCGGUGACAUCGCUCAGCAGCAGCAACACCACCACCACAACCAGCAACAGCAGCACCAGCACCAGCAGCAGCAGCAGCACCUGCAACAUCAGCAACACCAGCAACACUACCACCACCAGCAGAACCAGCACCAGCAGCCGCAGCACCAACAGCACCAGCAGCAGCAGCAGCAGCAGCAGCAGCAGCAGGCGCUCGCCCGGAUGGGCAGCGGCGGCCAGCAGCCGCGCCUGCCGCCGUCCGGCACAGCCGCCGCCGCCGCUCGGCAGCAGGCCCAGGAGCAGGCGUCAGAGCUGCUGCAGCAGCAGAUCCAGGAGCUGCAGCAGCAGGCGGCGUCGCUCUCGCUGUCACUUUCUUCCAAGUCAACCUCGCCCUCCCUCACGCGCCAGCGCUCCCUGCCCAGCGCGCUCGGCGGCGGCGGCGGAGGUGGGGGUGGCGGAGAGUCGCAGGCCGCGGUCGCUGCCGCCGCGGCGGCCGUGGCGGCGACGGAGCAAGACGCGUUCUUGACAGCCCUCAUGCAGCAGUCCUUGUCGCUCGGCGCCCAGGGCGCGGCGGAGCCGGUCGCCACAUCCGAGGGCUGA